UGUCCGAGCCUCAGUGCGGACGGAGGAUCAACAACAGUGAGACCAUGAGAUUAAUGCGGAGCCUCAUCUGGACCGCGCUGUUCGUUAAACAGGCUCUGGGAGAAUAUGGAAUGGCUCAUUUCAGUGAGUGGGGGAAGAGCAAAGGGAAAGACUACUGCAUAUUCUUCAACUCGCAGUGGGCUCGUCUACCUCAGGACCUCAACAAGGCAUCUCGGCUGCAGGCGUACGAUCUGACGGCGUCGGUGCUGUGUUCUGCCUCCGAUGUGCCGGAGGGUGGGUUCCCAAACCGAAUCGCCAUGGUGCUGCGUGGAAACUGCACCUUCUACGAGAAAGUCCGCCUGGCCCAGAUAAACGGAGCCAAGGGCCUGCUGAUCGUCAGCAAGGACCGGCUGAUCCCGCCGUUCGGAAACAAGACUCAGUACGAGGAGAUCGACAUCCCGGUGGCUUUACUGAGCUACUCCGACAUGCUGGACAUCAGCAAGAGUUUUGGAGAGCAGUGGCAGGUGGCGAUGUACGCCCCCAACGAGCCGGUGGUGGACUACAACAUGGUGAUAAUCUUCCUGAUGGCGGUGGGGACGGUGGCCGUGGGAGGAUACUGGGCCGGCAGCAGGGACAUUAAGAAACGCUACAUGAAGCACAAGCGAGACGACAGUACGGAGAAGCAGGACGAAGAGACGGUGGACGUGACCCCCAUCAUGAUCGCGGUGUUUGUUGUGAUGUGCUGCUCCAUGCUGGUGCUGCUCUAUCUCUUCUACGAUCGCUUGGUGUACAUGAUCAUCGUUAUCUUCUGCCUGGCCUCCUCUGUGGGUCUGUACAGCUGCCUCUGGCCUUUCGUCCGCAGAAUCCCCUUCGGGAAGUGCAGGAUUCCGGAGAAUAACCUGCCGUACUGCCACAAGCGGCCGCAGGUGCGAAUGCUGCUGCUGUCUGUGUUCUGCGUAGGCGUGAGCGUCACAUGGGGCGUCUUCAGAAACGAGGACCAGUGGGCGUGGGUGCUGCAGGACGCGCUGGGCAUCGCGUUCUGCCUCUACAUGCUGAAAACCAUCAGACUACCAACGUUUAAAGCCUGCACUUUACUGCUGGUGGUCCUGUUCGUCUACGAUGUUUUCUUUGUGUUUAUUACGCCGUACUUCACUAAGAGUGGAGAGAGCAUCAUGGUAGAAGUAGCAGCUGGACCUUCUGGUUCCUCAACACAUGAGAAGCUGCCGAUGGUUCUGAAAGUUCCCCGGCUGAACUUCUCCCCGCUGGCUCUGUGUGACCGGCCCUUCUCCCUGCUGGGCUUUGGGGACAUUCUGGUUCCAGGUCUGCUGGUGGCGUACUGUCACAGGUUUGAUAUCCUCAUGCAGUCCUCACGGAUUUAUUUCCUGGCCUGCACUGUAGGUUACGGUAUCGGCCUGCUGAUCACCUUCGUGGCUCUGGCCCUGAUGCAGAUGGGUCAGCCUGCUCUGCUUUACCUGGUGCCUUGCACUCUCCUCACCAGCCUGGCGGUGGCGCUGUGGCGCAAGGAGCUGCCCCUCUUCUGGACUGGGAGUGGAUUUGUGCCUCCACCGAUAGUGAUGGCACCAAUCAACUGCACCCAGACUCCAGCUCCGACCGAGGAGGAGACCACAGCCAAUCCCGAGCCACAGAUCUCUGAAGUGAUGACCACUCGGAGCGAAGACCCGCCUCCACCAGCCGAGGAGGACGCUCCUCAGCUUACAGAAGAACCAGCCGAUAAAUCGAAAUGAAGGACUGAAGGGACGACAACCUCCUAUUCAUAUUUUCCCUCCUUUUGUUUUGUUUUUCUUUCCAGGUCAGUACAAUUCAGACAUUGUAAAUGAAGGACUAGUAUAACGGUCAUCUCCGUGCACUCGUCAGACGGUGAGGGGACGAGGAGAACGCUGGAGCGCUGGUUGGUUUUUAAACUCCCAGAUCAGCUGGUCUUGCUUCAAUCAAAUUCUCUGUGUAACAAAGUGCAGCUAGACGUCCUUCGAGCGUCACGAAUUCAGCCCGGCUCACUACGGGGGAAAAAACCUGCUUCGUUUCUCUUCACGACAAUAAAAACGACAACAAUCAA